CCUGUCAAAGCCUACACUGUCAGAAACACAACCCCAAAGCCACUUAACUUCAUAUCUUUCUCUCCUUUUUAAUUUCUUUAUUUUAAAGCAAAUGCUAGAAAUCAGAGAGAAAGUUUGAGAUUCUACAAACCCGAAGAAACCCCCUAAAAAAAAGAAGAAAUAGCAUUUAACCAAAAAUAACACUAGUAGUUUUUGUUUGCUUGCUCUCUGUUUUCCUCUGUCUGGACAUUGGGAUUAAACCAACUUAUCAUUCUCAUUCCUCCUUCUUCUACUUCUUCUUUGUUCUUGUGCAAAAAAACAGGAAAGCACAAGGAGACAAAUAGACCAAUCCAUUACAAAACAGUCCUUACAUUCUCUAGUUAUGGCUUCUUCUUCUUCAUUUUCUUCUUCAACUGUCACAUCCAAAUUUAUUGGGUUUCUUCUUCUUCUUUCUUCUCUUCAACUAGACUUGUCACUUGGGUCGGAUCUUCAUUAUAAGAACCAAACUUCCUUCAGACCCAAGAAAGAGAUUCAGAACCUUAGAAGAAUAGAAGAAUAUCUCAAGAGAAUCAACAAGCCUUCCAUCAAAACAAUCCACAGCCCAGAUGGAGAUGUAAUAGAAUGUGUACCGUCACAUCGGCAACCAGCAUUUGAUCAUCCCCAGCUAAGAGGGCAGAAACCACUGGAUUUGCCAGAGAUGCCAAGUAUUGCAAAUGAAACAACAAAUGAAGAAAGUUUUAAUCAGUUAUGGAGUCAGUCCGGUGAAUGUUGUCCAAUUGGGUCAAUACCGAUUCGAAGGACGACGAAGACUGAUGUUUUGAGGGCAAGAUCAGUUAGACGGUUUGGUCGGAGACUGAAGAAACCAAUCAGACGAGACUCCUCCGGAGGCGGUCACGAGCACGCAGUCGUGUUUGUUAAUGGAGAACAGUACUAUGGAGCAAAAGCAAGCAUUAACGUGUGGGCGCCACGUGUCACUGAUGCUUACGAGUUUAGUUUGUCUCAGAUUUGGCUAAUCUCUGGCUCAUUUGGCCAUGACUUAAACACCAUUGAAGCUGGUUGGCAGGUUAGUCCUGAGCUAUACGGAGAUAAUUAUCCAAGAUUCUUCACAUAUUGGACGACAGAUGCAUACCAAGCGACUGGAUGCUACAAUUUACUUUGCUCAGGGUUCGUACAAACCAACAAUAAAAUUGCAAUUGGCGCAGCGAUUUCCCCAAGGUCCUCUUACAAUGGAAGACAGUUUGAUCUCGGCUUAAUGAUUUGGAAGGAUCCGAAACAUGGGCAUUGGUGGCUUGAACUAGGAAAUGGACUUCUUGUGGGUUACUGGCCAGUCUUUUUAUUCAGUCACUUGAGGAGUCAUGCAAGUAUGGUUCAAUUUGGCGGCGAAGUUGUUAACAGCCGGUCAAGCGGCGGUCACACAGGAACACAGAUGGGAAGUGGCCAUUUCGCAGAUGAAGGCUUUGAGAAAGCUGCAUACUUCAGGAACUUACAAGUUGUAGACUGGGACAACAAUCUCUUGCCUCUGAGCAAUCUCCAUGUCUUGGCUGAUCAUCCGGCUUGUUAUAACAUCAGACAAGGUAAAAACAAUGUAUGGGGGACUUACUUUUACUACGGAGGACCUGGUCGGAACCCUCGGUGUCCUUGACUAACCCCAAACGAUGAAAUGAAAUAUUUUGUGUGAAUUAGUGCUAUAAUCAUGUUAUUAAGAUUUUUAUUUUCUUCUUAUUAGAUUGCUUUUUUUUCUUCUUUUGUUCUCUUUUUUUUUUCUAAGAUUGUUUUCAGAAACAUUAACAGUAUUUUUUAUGUGAAAAUAUAUAUUUUUCUAUUUGGAGAAUUUUGUCAA